CGAGCCUCAGGAAGGGUCGCAAUUGGCCGCCGGCUCACCUCAAACCGGCCAGUGGCCUGAGGUUGCUAAGGCUUCGGAUUGGCGAGCGUUGCGGAAGUCUGAGCAACCUCAGAGCAUGCUGGGAGAUGUAGUCCCAGGAAAGCGCCUCUCUGCAGAACCAAACCGGAGCUAA